AUGGUUGAAAUACAAAAGCCGCACUCGGCUCUCAAGCGUCCAUCGGUUAAGCGCGAAACAGUUGUCGUUAACAAUAGUGCACCAACCAUCAAGAAGGUGACUCUGGUGCCCAAGGAUGAGGAAUUGGUGGCCAUAUCGCCGGAGCGUCGCAAUUGGCGUGGCAUUUUCAUAGCUCUGCUGGUCAUUGCCGCCGUCUUCAGCUUGAUUAUAUUCUCGAUAUUUCUGCUAUCGCCGGAGGAUGAGGGACUGCGCAUUCGUGGACGCCGCAUGCUGCCCAGCGACAUUCUGAGCAAGAGCUUGCAAUGGAAGCCAUUCAAUGGCACCUGGAGCAAUGAUCACGAGUUGAUAUAUCGCGAUCCGACUGGCGGCUUAUCCAUACUCAAUAUGACGGACUACACCACGCGCAUUCUUAUGACCAACUCCACAUUUCGUCAAUUGAAUGCCGAAUCGUUUUUGGUGGCACCAGAUCAGAAGUACGUAUUGCUCCAGUCGGACAGCAAUGCCGAAGGUUCCAGACAUCAUGUUUACGAGGUGCAGACCGCCAACACAUUUCCUUUGGGACCAACGGAGAAUAUUGCCGAGGCACCGCGUCUGCAGCACGUGGUCUGGGCACCCAUCAAUCCGCCACCAGCGCCAACGGCAGCAGCUGGUGUCCAGGUGUCCACCAUGUCGCCUUUGCCCAGCGGUAGCAUCAUUUUAAAUAGUCUCGCUGGCGCUGCGGCUGGCGGUGCAGGCAAGCCAACGGCCACGACCAACGGCGGCGGCGCCAGUGGCUCUGCCAAUGGCAGCGGCCAGACCAACAGCAGUGGUGGUGGUGGUGCCAAGGCGGCCUAUACACUUAACCAGGCCAUUGCCUUUGUGCACCACAACGACAUCUACUACAAGCCCAAGGUGCAGGGCGAACUCGUCUGCCGCAUCACACAGACAGGCGCUGCGGGCAUCUUCUACAACGGUGUGCCUGAUUGGACGUACGAGAAUGUGCCGGAGCUCGAGAGUCGACGGAGCAGCAUUGCCUUCUCGCCGGACGGAAUGUUCCUUGCCUUUUUCAGCUUCAACGACAGCGAAGUCAAUGAGUAUAAAUACACGUGGAUGGGCGAUAAUGUCAAGUACCCGGCGGUGCUGAGUCAGCGCUAUCCGAAGGCGGGCGCACGCAAUCCGAACGUGACCGUCAAUGUGGUCAAUUUGUCGGUGAUCAAGUAUAUAUUUCCCACCCAGAUCAAGCUGCCCGGGGAUCUGGGCAAUGGCAGCUAUGUGGGUGGGCUGACCUGGGCAUCGCCCAUUGAUCUGUCCGUGACGAUAACCAGCCGUGAUCAGACCAAGGCCACAACAGUCAUCUGCCGGGCACCACACUUCCACUGCCAGGUGGUGCACACCGAGGUGACCAUCAACGACGGCUGGGUGCUGCCUGCCGAGCAACCAAUCUUUUCGGCGCGCAUCGGUGCCCAGCUGCGUGGCAGCCAGCUGCGCCAGCUCCAGGAGAUGGCCACCGGCGAUGCUGGCAUGGACGACAGCCAGGCGAACGUGACCAACGGGCAGACAACGUAUGAGAUCUCGAACGGCGGCUAUCUGCUGAAGCGUCUGCCGGUGCGGGAUGGCGAGCAUGGACAUUAUCGACAUGUGGUGUUCAUAUCGUCGCUGGAUCGGCGCCCCGUCCCACUGACCAUGGGUCGAUUCGAGGUCACCGAAAUUGUGGGCUGGGACGAGCAGCGCGAAAUCGUUUAUUUUAUGGCUGCUCCUGAAAGGCGACCGGGCGAACGUCACCUCUACAAGAUCAGCCUUAAACUAAACGUCACCGAAACGAAUCGCACGUAUAUCACCUCAACGCAGCCCACCUGCCUCACCUGCGACAACACGGAGUCCACCUAUCGCCUGCAUCGCGCACGCAGCACCAACGCCGCAGCCUGGCAGCGCGGAGAGAAAUGGGAGGACAUUGUCUCGCGCCUGGAGCCCGACGACUGCAUCUAUGACAUACCCAAGAACUGUUUGUAUAAUCGCGUCAAAUUCAGUCGCGACUAUAGCUACUACGUGCAGGAAUGCCUGGGUCCGGAGGCGCCCAGCGUUUACCUAGUGGAGACGUCCAGCAACGAGAAGAUCUUUGUGCUCAAUGCGGGCGAUGUGCUGCGCCAUCGGCUAACCCAGCUGGCCAUACCGCAGACGCGCACCUUUAGCGUCGAGAUACGCCACGGCUUUCAUGCGCAGGUACGUCUCUAUUUGCCGCCAGGUAUGCGCGAGGAGGAGGAAGUCGCCUUCCCACUGGUCCUACACGUCGACGCUGCGCCCGGGUCCCAGCUGGUCACGGAGCGCUUUCAGGUCGAUUGGAAUUGGUAUCUGUGCAGUCAGCGCAGCUUCAUUGUUGCCCAAAUCGAUGGACGCGGCAGCGGCUAUCAAGGUGAACUGCUGCGCACCCAGGUGCACGGCAAGCUCGGCACCGUCGAGGUCGAAGAUCAGCUCGGCGUGCUCACCUAUUUGCGCGACAAUCUCAAGUUCAUUGAUCCACUGCGCAUCUGCGCCUUCGGCUGGGGCUAUGGCGGCUACGCCGCCUCCAUGAUGCUCAUCGAUGACUCGCAGCAGGUGCUCCAGUGCGCCGUUGCCAUCAAUCCCAUUGUCAGCUUUGGCUACCAUUAUUCGUUUUUCACGGAGCGCUAUAUACCGCUAAAGGGUGAUUACUUGCGCGCUCUGCAGGAGUCGGAUCUGACCAUGAAGGCGGGCAAUAUAAAGGGACGGAAUCUGAUGUUGAUGCAUGGCACGGCGGAUACGCUGGUGCAUCAGGAGCAUACGUUGAUGCUGGUGCGGGCAUUGGUCGAUCAGCAGGUGAAGUUCCGCCAUCAGGUGUAUCCCGAUGAGGACCACGCGAUCACCAGGUCGCUGAGUCAUGUGUAUAAGACCAUGGAAUGGUAUUUCGAUGAGUGCUUCGGCCCCGUCGACGACAACGAGUGGGACCCAACGGGUCUGUUUGUGUUUAAACAAUAAUUAAGACCCCCCUACGAUCCUUACGACGAGGAUCCGCUGGCCAAUCAGCUAAUCGAUAUCGAUCUCGAUCCCGGCGAGCGGCACAAUCAGACAGCAGCCGCCACCACGCCGCUCUCAGCCCUGGACGAGCUGGACAACAGCCUGCAAGCUCUCGACCUCAUGACCUCAUCGGCAAUGACCCUUAGCAAAGUCUCCAACAAGCUGUGCAACUACAGCAGCAAGCGCAAGCUCCAACAGACCGAAACGACGCUGGCCAAAAAGAUGCGCAUCAUUCACCAUUAGCAAGUCCAAUGCUAAGCUCUCGCGUGCUGUAUAAGAGUGUGUGCAUGUGUAUAAGAGUGUGUUUGCUUGUGUGUGUGUGACUCUUUCUUUUAAAUACAUGUUUAAAACGGAAAACGAAAAAAAUGUGGGCAUUUUUAGUGUCUUAUGACUACAAAUAUGCUUGGUAUUUUUUUUAGUAUG